CAACUGAUGGCAACCCAAGCAUUGACGCUGGCGCUGGGAAAGCCUCCCGCUUCAAACGAUCUGAAGCGGGCCCUCGAUGUCGACAUGUACAACGCACUCAAGUCGGUCUCAACUGCGCCGCCCGUGCAGUCCGUCGCAGCGUUCUUGACCGACAAACAAAAUGGAGCGCACCUCGGGAGGGACCUGCUUCAGCGGCCAGUGUGCGUCACGAGCAUCGGCACCCCAGACGUGACGCCUUCGUGGGUGCCUUUCCUCAACGCCUUCUUCGACGUGUCGUCGUUCCAUUCGGCUACGAUCCCUGCCUUCGCCGCACAUCGCGUCCGCAUGCUACAAUGCCCCGUUCCAGGCCAACCGAGCCUCCCGGCGCUGAACGUCCAAAACGUCGUGGAUGCCGCGGCCCGUCAUGGCCCGCCUGGGUCGUCCUCCAUCGUCGUGCUGACAUCUUUUGCAUUGAGACACGUCGACGAGAAUCGCCAAAGUGCAGCGUGUAUGUCCGUUGCCGACGGGAAGCUCGUCGUGGUCUUGUCGAUGGCACAAUCGAGUGCCGUGCCGCCGUCGCCGCACCCCGUCGUGCACGCGAUGCUGCAUGCCGUUGGAGUCCAUCCCUGCAGCUUCUUCGAAUGCGCCAUGAACGCCUGCUCCAAUGGGUCCCCAUCGUUGGUGCUCUGCCCUCUUUGCCUUCGCAAGUGCAGCCUCGUCGUACCGCAAUUCAACAUUGUUCGGCGAUACGAAGCGCUGCUGGCAAUCUUGGAAGGCUGGUGUGCAUGCGACGGUGGGUGGGUCGAGUCAUUCCACCGGUGGUGCGCCGAUCACAUCGCAUACAUCACCAACACCCCACGACCGUCCAAGCGUGCCAUGGAUGCCGUCGAUGUGUCCAAGCUAACGCUGCUCAAACGAAGAUUGGCAGCGCGGAAGCAGCGGUGA